AUGCAAGGAUGCAAGCUGUUGGUGAAAUGGCCAAAGUCUAACAGCAAGGAGAGGGAAACCAGUAAUGCAGAUAUGAGCCUGAUUUUAAGUGGCAUCAAGGGAUCAGCAGAAAAGAAGUUGAAGAUGGGUGACCUGAUCUACAGCUACGGAAAGGAGAAAUUUGGAGUGAAGGAACAAGUACUUGCAACAAUAACAAAUCUGGUAAAACACUACUUCCAGGAUCUGCAAGGAUGUGGUUGGCCAAGUCCAACUUGGGAGAUCCAGGCUCAGGCUCAUCCCAAAGGCUCCUCAAUGGCACAAGGCAAUAUCAGUGCAGAAGAGAUGGCGUGUGGUGGAAUAGGUAAGGCUGGGAACAGUUCAGAACGAGGUGCAGCGUGUCUCACAAGGCUUUCCCCAGUGGUCUGGCAUUUCCCUCACUCAAGCCUAAAAGGGUGGUCAGGUGGCAACCAAGGCUGUCAACAGGACAUCAAAGGCCAGUACUGGACCGAUGAGGAUUCUGAUGGAGACAAUGACUCUGACGAAUUUCUGUAUGGUGUGCAGGGUAGCUGUGCAGCUGAUCUAUACCGGCACCCACAGCUCGAUGCAGACAUCGAAGCAGUCAAGGAAAUUUAUGGAGAAAAUUCCGUCUCUGUCAGAGAAUAUGGAACAAUUGAUGAUGUGGAUGUGGAUCUCCAUAUUAAUAUGAGUUUUCUUGAUGAGGAGAUUGCAACAGCCUGGAAGGUGGUGAGGAUAGAGCCCAUUAUACUCAGACUCAGAUUCUCGUUGUCACAAUACUUGGAUGGACCUGAGCCGUCAGUAGAUGUUUUUCAGCCAUCCAACAAAGAAGGAUUUGGUCUUGGCCUCCAACUAAAGAAGAUUCUGGGAAUGUUUACUUCUCAGCAGUGGAAGCACCUGAGCAAUGACUUCCUGAAACACCAGCAGGAGAAGAGGCAGAGUUGGUUCAAAUCCAGUGGUGCAGUGAAGAAAUUCCGAUCAGGGCUCAGCAUCUUCUCUCCCAUUCCAAAAUCUCCGAGCUUUCCCCUCAUCCAGGACUCUGUAUUGAAGAGUAAACUUGGGGUUCCAGAUCUCCGAGUCAAUCGCAUCAUCAACCGCUCCAUCUCUUGCACUAUGAAAACCCCUAAGCCAGAGCUCUUUGGGUACCCUGCCGCCAAUCAGGCUGGAAGUCACUGUAAGAACAUUCCAACGUUAGAAUAUGGGUUCCUUGUACAGACAAUGAAAUAUGCAGAGCAAAGGAUCCCCACACUGAAUGAAUACUGUGUUGUGUGUGAUGAACAACAUGUCUUCCAGAAUGGCUCCAUGCUGAAGCCUGCUGUCUGUACACGGGAGCUCUGUGUUUUCUCAUUCUACACACUGGGAGUGAUGUCUGGAGCAGCGGAAGAGGUGGCCACUGGAGCAGAGGUGGUGGACCUACUGGUGGCAAUGUGCCGAGCUGCUCUGGAGUCACCAAGAAAAAGCAUCAUUUUUGAGCCUUACCCUUCUGUUGUGGACCCAAGUGAUCCCAAGACGCUUGCUUUCAAUCCUAAGAAGAAGAAUUAUGAGCGACUGCAAAAAGCCCUUGACAGUGUAAUGUCAAUCAGGGAAAUGACGCAGGGAUCAUACCUGGAAAUCAAAAAACAGAUGGACAAGCUGGACCCUCUGGCUCACCCAUUGCUGCAAUGGAUUAUUUCAAGUAACAGAUCACACAUUGUGAAACUUCCACUCAGUAGACAGUUGAAAUUCAUGCACACAUCACAUCAGUUUCUUCUACUGAGCAGCCCACCGGCCAAGGAAGCCAGGUUCCGCACAGCCAAGAAGCUCUAUGGCAGCACAUUUGCCUUUCAUGGUUCGCACAUUGAGAACUGGCAUUCCAUUCUGAGAAAUGGCCUGGUCAACGCAUCAUAUACUAAACUACAACUGCACGGUGCAGCCUAUGGCAAAGGAAUCUAUCUCAGCCCAAUCUCCAGCAUCUCUUUCGGUUACUCAGGAAUGGGCAAAGGGCAGCACCGCAUGCCAUCCAAGGAUGAACUGGUUCUGCGCUACAACCGGAUGAACACAAUCCCCCAGACGAGACCCAUUCAGUCCAGAUUCUUGCAGAGUAGAAACUUGAAUUGUAUAGCACUUUGUGAAGUUAUAACUUCAAAAGACCUUCAGAAACAUGGGAAUAUUUGGGUCUGCCCUGUCUCGGAUCACGUCUGCACUCGUUUCUUUUUUGUGUACGAAGAUGGACAAGUUGGAGAUGCCAACAUCAAUACUCAGGACCCCAAAAUCCAGAAGGAAAUUAUGCGUGUUAUUGGCACUCAGGUUUAA